UUUACCGGAAGUUGGGCCUGAUACGGAAGCUUAACCAGGUGACGUUUGACGUCAUUGUAGUGUUCGGCCCCGUAACUGUCACCAGAGGCAUGAAAGGACAUGACAUGAGAUCAGUUUUCCACUGGUCGUCUCUCCGGGCGUCGUAGAUAGUCGACAUCGUUCAGGGUUUCAGUGUUUCUAUGAAGAGUCUGAGCGGCGCGCGGAACUUUAGCUUUAGCUAGCCAGCUAGCUUACCGAGGAGGAGCGACGGCGAAAGAGCCGAUCAUCAAAAGCAGCGGAUUCCGACUGAAAGCAUGGCGUUAAUCCUGUUCACGAGAACCCGGGCACCGUUCAUGAAAACAUCCCGGUCAUUCAAUAACGAAUUCCGGAAACGUAAAGGGAAACUGCCGGAUGGAGCCUGCAUCAGCUGCACAACUCUCAGACUUACCGGAGAAAAGUUCGACGGGUUCCGACUUGGCGGCGUAACCCAGGUCCCCAGCUUCUCCAACCCCCUGCCCCAGGCAGGUGACCACCUGGGACCCUUUGAGAGCGCCGACCCUCAGCUGCUUGAUUGUGCUUUUGCUGUCGGGCCUUCGCCCUCCGUCACAUCCGCCAGUAAGUGGACGAUAGCUCAUCAGCAGGACAUUCCUGGUGUCCGGUGGAUACACUCCUCCUGCAGAAGAUGGGACGACUCGAAGGUGGAGAAGUCCCUGCGUUCGUUAAAAGACAAGAAAAAGAAGCUGGAGGAAGGAGGGCCGGUGUACAGUCCAACUCUAGAUGCAGAACCCGUCAGAAAGACGAUCCGGCAGCGAGUCGUGGAUGAAAUCUGGCACUACUACCACGGCUUCAAGCUGCUGUGGAUCGACACCACCAUCGCCGGGCGGAUGCUGUGGAGGAUCCUGAACGGACAUCCUCUGUCUCGCCGUGAGAGAAGACAGUUCCUGAGAACCUGUGCAGACGUCUUCCGGCUGCUUCCUUUCCUGGUCUUCAUCAUCGUCCCGUUCAUGGAGUUUCUUCUUCCCGUCGCCCUGAAGCUUUUCCCCAACAUGCUGCCGUCCACCUUCGAGACACAGUCAAAGAAGGAGGAGAGGUUGAAAAAGGAGCUGAGGGUCAAACUGGAGAUGGCCAAGUUCUUGCAGGACACCAUAGAGGAGAUUGCCCUGAGGAACAAAGCAGCUAAAGGCAACGUGACGGAGGAGUUCUCCACCUUCUUCCAGAAGAUCCGGGACUCUGGGGAGCGUCCCAGCAAUGAACAGAUCAUAAAGUUCUCCAAGCUGUUUGAAGACGAGCUCACUCUGGACAACCUGACCAGACCUCAGCUGGUGGCGCUCUGCCGCCUGCUGGAGCUCCAGUCCAUCGGGACCAACAACUUCCUCCGCUUCCAGCUCAUCAUGAAGCUCAGGGCCAUCCGUGCAGAUGACAAGCUGAUAGCAGAGGAGGGAGUGAAGAGCCUGAACGUCAACGAGGUGCAGGCGGCUUGUCGCGUCAGAGGGAUGAGGGCUCUGGGAGUCACAGAGGAACGACUCAGGGAGCAGCUGGGACAGUGGUUGGAGCUGCAUCUGAACCAGCAGAUCCCCACCUCCCUGCUUCUGCUGUCUCGAGCCAUGUACCUCCCCGACACGCUGUCUCCCGCUGACCAGCUGAAAACCACCCUGCAGACCCUCCCUGAGAUGGUGACCAAAGAAGCACAGCUGAAGGUGGCAGAGAUGGAGCUGUCCAAAGUGGACAACAAGACCAAACUGGAGACGAUGCUGCAGGAGGAGGCCGCCAUACGCCAGGACACCAAGGACCGGGAGAUGGAGAGGUUGGCUGACGCUGCAGAGAAAGCUGCCAAGGAGGAGGGCGAGUUGGAGCUUGCGGCGAGCAGAGCAAGAUACAGCGAGGCAGAGACGGCAUCCCUGAAGGCUAACGGAGCGUCUCAUUCAGAGACACUGCGGGACACGGCUCCUGUUGUGGACGGGCUGAAGUUGCAGACAUAUCUACGCUUCCAGGAUGAAGAGAUCACCAAAGAAGAGAUUGAUCUGCUGAGUGACGCCUGCUCCAAGCUGAAGGAGCAGAAGAGACUGCUGACUCUGGAGAAGGAGGAGCUGGAGGACCUGAAGGACGAUGUUCAGGAGUACAACGAGGACCUGGAGGAGAUCAAGAAAGAGUUUUCUAAGAGCGGCCAGGAGAAGGCCAUCGAAGAGUCCAAGGCCAGCAAACGUCUUUCUAAGAGAGUCACCCGCAUGAUCGGACGCAUCGACAAGAUCAUCACAGAGCUGGAGAACGACAAAGUCAUCCUGGACGGACAGGUGGACAGUGGAGCCACCCCACCUGUCGGAUUAUUCCUAACUAAAUAUAGCGAUGCCACAAGUCUGUUCUACACCUUCAGGGAGAACCUGAUCAGCAUCACCGAGCUCAUCAACGUCAUGCGGCAAAUCCAGAACAUCCCGGAGGAGAAGCUGCUCCGGAUCGCCGAGGCCCUGGACGACAACAAAGACGGGAAGGUCGACAUCGACGACGUCAUCAAAGUGGUGGAGCUGAUCGACAAAGAGGACAUCGACGUCUCCACCUCGCAGGUCGCCGACAUCAUGGUGAUGCUGCAGAAGGAGGAGAAGCUGAUGGAGAAGGCCAAAGAGAAGGCCGAGAAGGAGCAGGCAGCCACACGCAACAGCUAACUCCGCCCCCUCCGCACAUACACUGGAGUGAAGGAGCAGUGCGGCGCCUGUGUCCGCCACAGGACUCUGAAGGCAAACAGGGCGUCAUUACUAUUUUAAAAAAGAGAUUGUUCCACAAAGCUUACUGUCUUUCUAAUGUAUAGGCCGGCAUAGAGGGGGGUUACAAGGUGUAAUUAUGUAGUCUGUGCCGAUUUUUCUCGCCAUUCACGCCACUCAUAUUCUCUCAUAGAAACCAGCCGUCGUUUCUGAACUUUGCACAGCAGCCGUCAUUCCCGUUUGUUUUUGUUUAGCUCCUCCCAUGUUCGGCGUGGACGGCUGGCGGUCACCAAACAUGGAGUUGAUGCUGCAGCUAAGAACCUUAGACUGAAUCAAAGAAUGGAGGUUUACGUUCCAGCCGUUGCGUGUCUGCGCUUCGGCUGUCGGAAUCGUUGCACAUUUGUCCCCAAAGCAAAGGACAGAAGUUUCAACCUGAGCUGAAACUUUGACAGCGCUGCUAUAGAUUAACGUCUGCCUGACACGCGGACGUGGACUCUGUGGGUGGAUCUCCACGCCUAACGGGGUGGUGCAUGCUGGGGAAUCAUGUCUCCUGCGAUGCAACAACCAAAGCGGCAGCACAAAUCAUUCGUCGUCCGAUGCAGAAGCUUCUGGGUUUGCAAAAAAAGACUGAAUGUUUGUGAAGUCCUUAAAUGCAGCAUGAAUGAGGGUGGUCUUGAGUUUCAAAGUGGCCUAUUAACCACUCAUCUUAUGGUAGAAAUGCUGUAGAAAUGUAUUUCUUUUUCCUACUUGAGGAGGUUUUCUUUCACGUGUACUUCAGAUGAGUUGUUUCUUCUUCUAUGCACCACAGCCAUGAAUGAGUGCAGGUCCUGAGAAGGGCCUGCCAGCAUGAAGACACACUUCCAGGUAAACGUUGACCGGAAAGUGAGUCUUCAUGGUAGACUAACGCAAGGUUCCAUGUCGAGGUCAUUCUUCUCGGCAUCAGCUGAGCUGAAGGGGGCGGUGACCGUUUUCAGGUAUCCUUGUUACUUCAGAGGCGGGGCAGUAACGGAUCCUCAUCCGCAGACUUUGCUCUAGCGGUGAAAAGCAGCUGCAGGAAUGAAGAACUUCUUCCAAACUGGAUUAUGUCUGAUGUUUUUGCUUCAUUUUUGAUUAUGAAAUAUUUUCUCUGAAACAAAUUGUGCUUUGAAUGUCAGAUCAGAGGUGAAGCUAAAAGGACUUUAUCAGAUUUGUCUCCUUUAGAAAACAAAGCUUGACUUUGUGUUGUUGGUCCGGCCGGUGCAGUGCAGAAGGACAGGGGGGCCGCUGGAGAUCACGGGGGGGGGGGGCCGCUGGAGAUCACGCGGCGGCUCCGUUUGUCCUUGUCUGCAGUUUGCUGUCACGCGCCGGCAUGAUGAAGAGCGUCUGGGUCUGUGGAGAAGCUCUUGGAGCUGGGAGGCCGGCGUGCCUGAUGGGGGCGAGGGCCCGGCGCUGCCUGGGAUGAGUCAGGCUGAUGGGUAAACACUCCACCCAUACAAGGGCAGAAGCUGGAGUUGGAGGGGUGUGUUUAGGUCUAAGGCGCUCUGGCGCGACGUGGCACGCCCUCUGACACAUCAGUCAGCGGUAAACAUGUCAGAGCACCAACACGAAAGCGUCUCCCUGGGGGGGCUGUGUCCCCCGAUGCCCCACAGGCCCAAUGGAGAGGAGAAAAGUUCCAGCAGGAGGUGAACCUCUCUGGAGUUUCAGCCUUUUCUGGCUGUCAUUAUUUCUAUUAAAGGAACUCCUCCUCCUCCUCCUCUUCCUCUCUGUCAUUUAAGCACUGAUGGUCACCAAUGGUUCUGCGGCACCUCAACUGCUGUUUUCCUCUGGGUUUGAGGCUCCCGCUCAUGGAGAAAGGGGGCAGUCGUGCUCCCCCCACACUGCUGUCGUCGAUUCGGACGGGAAAGCUGUCGGUUACGAAAGGAUCAAAGGAUCCGGCCUGGACUGAGAGACGGGGAGGAGUUUCAGCAGAACAUCUCUGUCCCGCUGAAUGUUGGUCCAUAACAGCUUUUUAAAGCUCAUGACUCAGCAGAUCUCUGCUCUGUGUGUUCGGACGCUGCAGAAAAGUCCUCCUCUAUGCUGGUGCUGGUCAUGGAGAAUCCUUGAGUGUGAGACGGCGUGAAUGUUGAGUUUAGGAGGAGGAAACAGGAGUCGUCAUUUUCAGUUUGUCACGCAAAACAGCAGGAAAUGGCGUUUUUAUUUAGUUUUGCAUUCAUUGUGCAACAACAGAUUUAAAGGACAUCAUUGUUUGAUGAGUGGUCAGUUUUUGUAAGGGGGGGGACACUGAGACUAUAACGUUGAGAUGUUAAUCGGGAACGUUGAGACGUUAACCGUGGACGUGGAGACGUUAACCUGAGACAUUGAGACGUUAACCGGGGACAUCGAAACGUUAACCGGGGACGUUGAGACAUUAACCGGAGACGUUAACUGGAGACAUUAAGACUAUAACCGGUGACGUUAACCGGGGACGUUGAGACGUUAAACGGAGACGUUAACCGGAGACAUUGAGACGUUAACCGGGGACGUUGAGACGUUAACCGGAGACGUUAACCGGAGACAUUGAGACGUUAACCGGAGACAUUGAGACGUUAACCGGAGACAUUGAGACGUUAACCGGAGACAUUGAGAGACUAACUGGAGACAUUGAGACAUUAAUCGGGGACGUUGAGACAUUAACCGGGGACAUCGAGACGUUAACCGGGAAAGUCGAGACGUUAACCGGGGACGUUGAGACAUAAACCGGGGACGUUGAGACGUUAACCGGAGACAUUGAGACGUUAAUCGGGGACGUUGAGACGUUAACCGGAGACGUUACCCUGAGACAUUGAGAAGUUAACCGGGGACGUUAACCGGAGAUGUUGAGAAGUUAACUGGAGACAUUAACCGGAGACACUGAAAUGUUAACCAAGGACGUUGAGAUGUUAACUAGAGACGUUAAGACUAACCGGAGACAAUGAGACGUUAACCAGAGACAUUGAGACGUUAACCGGGGACAUCGAAACGUUAACCGGGGACGUUGAGACAUUAACCGGAGACGUUAACUGGAGACAUUAAGACUAUAACCGGUGACGUCAACCGGAGACGUUGAGACGUUAAUCGGGGACGUUGAGACGUUAACCGGAGACGUUAACCGGAGACAUUGAGACGUUAACCGGGGACAUUGAGACAUUAAUCGGGGACGUUGAGACAUUAACCGGGGACAUCGAGACGUUAACCGGGGAAGUCAAGACGUUAACCGGGGAGGUUGAGACGUUAACCGAAGACAUUGAGACGUUAAUCGGGGACGUUGAGACGUUUACCGGAGACGUUACCCGGAGACAUUGAGUAGUUAACCGGGGAUGCUGAGACGUUAACCAGAGACAUUGAGACGUUAACCGGGGAAGUUAACCUGAGAUGUUGAGAAGUUAACUGGAGACAUUAACCGGAGACAUUGAAAUGUUAACCAAGGACGUUGAGAUGUUAACUAGAGACGUUAAGACUAACCGGAGACAAUGAGACGUUAACCAGAGACAUUGAGACGUUAACCGGGGACAUCGAAACGUUAACCGGGGACGUUGAGACAUUAACCGGAGACGUUAACUGGAGACAUUAAGACUAUAACCGGUGACGUCAACCGGAGACGUUGAGACGUUAACCGGGGACGUUGAGACGUUAACCGGAGGCGUUAACCGGAGACAUUGAGACGUUAACCGGGGACAUUGAGACAUUAAUCGGGGACGUUGAGACAUUAACCGGGGACAUCGAGACGUUAACCGGGGAAGUCAAGACGUUAACCGGGGAGGUUGAGACGUUAACCGAAGACAUUGAGACGUUAAUCGGGGACGUUGAGACGUUUACCGGAGACGUUACCCGGAGACAUUGAGUAGUUAACCGGGGAUGCUGAGACGUUAACCAGAGACAUUGAGACGUUAACCGGGGAAGUUAACCUGAGAUGUUGAGAAGUUAACUGGAGACAUUAACCGGAGACAUUGAAAUGUUAACCGGGGAAGUUAACCUGAGAUGUUGAGAAGUUAACUGGAGACAUUAACCGGAGACAUUGAAAUGUUAACCAAGGACGUUGAGAUGUUAACUGGAGACGUUACCCGGAGACAUUGAGUAGUUAACCGGGGAUGCUGAGACGUUAACCAGAGACAUUGAGACGUUAACCGGGGAAGUUAACCUGAGAUGUUGAGAAGUUAACUGGAGACAUUAACCGGAGACAUUGAAAUGUUAACCAAGGACGUUGAGAUGUUAACUGGAGACGUUAAGACUAACCGGAGACAUUGAGACGUUAACCGGGGACGUUGAGACGUUAACCGGAGACGUUAACCGGGGACGUUGACAUGUUAACCGGAGAUAUUGAGAAGUUAACCGGAGACGUUAAGCGGAGACAUUAAGACUAACCGGAUACAUUGAGACGUUAACCGGGGACCUUGAGACAUUAACCGGGGAAGUCGAGACGUUAACCAAGGACGUUGAGUGCACUAUAUGCCGACUGGUGGGCAGCUUCAGCAGCGUCUGCGGUUCGUUAUUCUCUGACCAAACGGCUGGUUUGAAGGUUGAAGUUGUGGAAACGUGUUUGUCCUCCUGAACACAGCUGAUUUAGAGGAGAAUUCAGAGGAAGCUUUCAAAGAUCUCAUCUGAUUCCAUUAUUUAGGAGUGAAACUCCAAAUGAUGACGAGCACAGGCGCUGAAAUGUUUUCGAUGUUAUUUAUUCACUGACUGGGUUUCCGUGGUAUUUCUGCCGCUGGCAGACGCUGCUCAGGACCUCAACCAAGCUUCAGGGAUUAAUUUGGGCUGAAAACCAUCUUCUUUUUUAUUUUUGGACAUUUUUGUGUAAAGAGAGCAUCACUGAACUAAAGAAUCAAAAGUGUAAUAAACGAUAAAGAUGUUUUCCUUUU